UGCUUUGCUCAAAUUGUCAGCGUUUCAAAAACUGUUCCAGCCAUGGAUUAUCAGGAUUUUGUUCUAGUUAAAAACGACUUCGAUCUAGAAAACAUUCGAAACCAUCUAAUCAAGUGCAUUUGCGAACUGCAAUCGAAACGGAACGAAGUCACAACGCUGGCAACCGCCCUGGGGGAAUCCAGUCGGACCAAAUCCAUUCUCGAACAGGACGUAAAAAACUAUGAGCGAGAAAUCGCCGACCUAAGGGAUCAACUUAAAAUAGCCCUGGAUGCGCUCAAUCAGAAGGAUGCCAUUCGCACGGAUUUACUGGAGAAAGCCGCACGGCAUAAUGUGCAGCUGGAGGCGAUGACGAAUGAUCACGAGCGAUUGAACACCAAGCUGCAGUCGUUCCAGGUGAAGAUAAUGGAGCUUGCGCGGGAGAACAAACGGCUACAGGAGCAGGUGAAAUCCUUGCAGGCAGCACACAGUCAACCGUCGGAUUCCAGCGAGCGAAUGUGGAAGGCAAUGGAUACGCUCAAUGGUCACUUGCAGAAACUGGAAGCAGAGCACAAAGUUCUUGUGCAAACGGCAGAGUCUUCGAACAAAAUUGCCGGAGAAGCUGCGAUGGCUAUUGGAAGUUAUAAAGAUGAAAUCAAAACUCUACAGGAAGAAAAUAGCAAGAAGAAUCGCAUAAUUUUGGACUUGGAAUCAAGGGCAUGGUCGAAUGAGUCAGAAGGCAGGACAAGCUUGGAGAAAGGCUCGGAUCUGUAUAAGAAGUUGGAAGAUCAUCUGAAGACUCUCCAGGAGGAGCUCGACUCGGAACGGGAAUCUAACAACAAGUUGAGGAACGAUAUCGUAUCACUCCUGACCCUAAAAGACAGUCUCUCGGAACAGUUGGAGGAAGCAGUUGCACAUUAUGGGACGGAUCAAUCUAAUCCACCAAACGAAAAUAUAGACGAGUAAAUGGAGCGUGAUCUAAGAUCGACUGAUAGUCUACUAGGGCUACGCGCAAGGAAGUGUGCUGUGUAGGUAUGUAAGUAUCGAUACGUGCAUUUUAGCUAUCUCAGGAAAAUGGAAUCGAGUGGAAAACUUUGCCUAUCGAUAAAAAGGAUAUGAGUUGAUAUUUCCAGACUAAAAUGAUACAAGUUAAAUUUUGUACUUGUCGGAUAGUGUGUGUAUGUACAAGAUUGGCGAUGUUGUGCCACCAUCUUCGGCUGACUCGAAGGGCUGUGCCAAUUCUGUACACGAUAUGUGAGGUUGAACUACGGGUUAAAACCAUCGUUUUUUUUGUUUUGUAUUCGUUUGAAUUCAGCUCCUAUACGUAAAUUAGGUGCGGCCGCGCCGGGAGUUCAAGUGGAGCCAUUAGUUCUUGUAGUUUUUCUUCUUCUUUAUAUAUUCGCUAUCUCAAACUUGUCAGUUUUUUGAUUUGAUAUAAAAUGCUCACUCAUUGUGUCUAAACGUUGAUUAGCUCAGAAACUUGAAACUAAGUUUCUACCAUGGCUUGUAAAAAUAGUUGUUUAUGCUAUAGCCAAAUAACUUACACGCUACAUGUGCCAUUGUGGCCUAUUUAUAGAAAUAAAUAAUUGAACUGUACAUAAGCGCUGUUACUAUUUAUAUAUGCAUGAUUCUACUUUGUUUCAAUGGCUAACAGUGAUUCCCAUCUCGUAUAAAUGUUAGUUGUAUAUAAAAACGAUUUUCUUCUUGCAGAUAUGAUACAUCGGCUAU